GAGACGGAUCUACUCCGGACAGACGACACUAAAUGCACGCAUUACAUAAGGCGCAGGUCUCACAUGACGUCACGCCUUGCAUGCAACAAACAAACCAACCGCCAAAAGCUGACGGUCAGAUUCCCUCUUCUUUAGCGUCCCCCUCCUUCUCGGACGCAAGAACACCCCAAGGCCUUUGUUCCUUCCCGUGUCUCCUCUAUCAUUUGCGGAGAUGGAUGCCUGGCAGCGGAAUAUGCGUAUGAUCCAUCAAAUCAGCGAGUUUGUUGAUUUCGAUUCCGCCGAAUCCGAUUUGGUUGCCGAUUUCAUCUCGCUUAUCCAGGCGAUGCGGGAGGGUCUCACUCAGAUAGACGAUGAUUUCAAUAUUCCGGACUCUCAGAUCAACACUCUAUUCCUGACAAAGCUGAAAGCGCGGUCGGAAUGGGACGAGUGGGCCACGACGAUGCUCCGCGAUAAUCGAAUCAACGCCCCGAAUCCGGAGCACAGGAUGACGUUUCAGGAGCUGUCGGAGCUAGCCAUCGACCAUGAGAGGGUCCUCCGAGGGGGCAAGGGCCGAUAUGAAACCCGAAAGGUUUUACCUGACGAGCCGCUGUCAAUCGGGCCACCCCCAUCCAACAUCCCCACCGUGCCGGAGGAUGUCACCCAGGAUGACAUAAAUGCAUUCGUCGUGCAGCAGAUGAGCCAAGAGGACGGGUAUCCACGUCGCCGGCAUACUGUACGCGGGCACAAUAAAAAUCCAAGUCAGGAAGAAAUCAACGACUACGUGAUCCAUCAGAUGCGCCGGAACAACGAGCCCCAAAAACCGAGGAAUCGCAGCCAAAGUCAGCCCGAGCCGAGAUCGCAGAAUCACCUUAAAAAGUCAGCAGGGCCCCGCUGUACAUUCUGCGGGGAUCCUCAUCAUCAGACGAAUCAUUGCUGGCGUCGCUGGAGGGUUGCAGUUGAGGCACCCCCCGGCGACUUUGUGCCGAAACGCAUCGAGUAUCGAACGGAAAUCCCAGGUCAACCACCAAUGUAUCGAACAGGCUUUACUUUAUACUAAGUCAUGCGCUCCUUGGAAGCAAAUUCUCUCGGGAAGAAACCAGAGAUUCCAGACCAGGCGUGUGGGACUACAUUCUUUUCUCUUUUUCUUGAAGUAUUCGAAUUUCGGUGCAUAGCAUGUAUAUAUCCCUUUUUUGUCUCCCUCUCUAGCGAGUUGAGCGUGCAAUUUUAACUUCAUAUCAUUCCUCCCCCCCGUC